GCGGAGACCGAGGGCGGAAUCGCAACUGUCAAAGCCGGAGUGUCGGCUGCCCACCGGCGGAGCACAGGCCACCAAAGCCCAAUCCGAACUUGAAUUCUGUGCCGCUGAUUGCAGAGCUGUCUUGACGCCCCGAGGUCCCCGGAUCGUCGACCCCCGGUGGACGGAGAUCGACUGUACCCCAGAGGCGAGCUUUCUCACGGAAGCCACCGGUUGCCGAAGCAGGAAGAGAAAUAAAGGCGCGCGCCUAUUCCUGAGCUCCUCUCCUACUGAGAUAAGGGAAGGCAGAGCUUCGCCCUGCUCUCCGACAGCUCCAGCACGCCUGCAGAUUAGGCUCUUCCCCAAAGCCUGAGCAUCUUGUUAUACUCAGAUACCCGGUCGCCGUCCGUGAUGGCAAGCAUCAUUGCGCGCGUGGGUAGCAGCCGGCGGCAGAACGCACCCUUGCCGCCUUGGGCCCAUUCUAUGCUAAGGUCGCUAGAGAGGAGUCUUGGUCCUCUAAUGGCCAACAUGGCAGAGAGAAACAUGAAGUUGUUCUCGGGGAGGGUGGUGCCAGCCCAGGGGGAAGAAACCUUUGAAAACUGGCUGAUCCAAGUCAAUGGGAUCCUGCCAGACUGGAAUAUGUCUGAGGAGGAAAAGCUCAAGCGCUUGCUGAAAACCCUGAGGGGCCCCGCCAGGGAGGUCAUGCGUUUGCUGCAGGCGGCCAACCCCAACCUAAGUGUGGCAGAUUUCUUGCACGCCAUGAAAUUGGUGUUUGGGGAGUCUGAAAGCAGCGUCACUGCCCACGGUAGAUUUUUUAACACCUUGCAGGCGCAAGGGGAGAAAGCCUCCCUUUAUGUGAUCCGUUUAGAGGUGCAGCUCCAGAAUGCUAUUCAGGCAGGGAUCAUAGCUCAGAAAGAUGCAAACCAGACUCGCUUGCACCAGCUCCUUUUGGGGGCCGAGCUGAAUGGGGACCUGCGCUUCAGGCUCAAGAAUCUUCUUAGGAUGUAUGCAAAUGAGCAGGAGCGUCUCCCCAAUUUCCUGGAGUUGAUCAGAAUGAUAAGGGAGGAAGAGGAUUGGGAUGACACUUUCAUUAAACGGAAGCGGGCCAAGAGAUCUGAGUCAGUGGUGGAGAGGGCAACUAGUCCAGUGGCAUUUCAGGGCUCCCCACCCAUAGUGAUUGGCAAUGCCGACUGCAACGUGAUAGAGAUAGAGGAUACCCCCGAUGACGACUCGGAUGAGGACGUGAUCCUGGUGGAGUCUCAGGACCCCCCACUUUCCUUCUCAGGUUCUCCUCCCCCCAGGCGUAGAGCCAGACCCCUGGAUCCAGUGCUAGUCAUUGAUUCCCCCGACAAUUCUCAGGCUCAAUCGCCUUCCACCAGCAGGGGGUCUGGGUCUAAGAAUGACGGUCCGGGGGAUAUGCGUAGAACCCGGAAGCGAAAAUACACCAUCCGCUGUUCCUAUUGUGGUGAGGAGGGCCACUCAAAGGAAACCUGUGACAAUGAGAGCAACAGGGCCCAGGUGUUUGAGAAUCUGAUCAUCACCCUGCAGGAGCUGACACACACGGAGGAGGAGGGGCCGAGAGAGGCCCCUGCUGAGCCCAGCGACCCUUCUGAGCCACAGUGAGGUGCUAGCCCCCAGCUUUAAAAGACCCCUAACCUAUAUUCAGAAUCCAGCAAGGAGAAACAUGGGGGGGGGGUGUGCUUCUAACUGCAUGAAUUAAUCCACAAAGCGGUUUUCUUUCUGGGUGGAGGAGAAGAGGUCCUGGAUAUUAGUGGAGGGAGAUGGCCUGACCUCCAGCCUCGCUUCCAGUCCCUGCUGCCUAAGGGUCUACCUUCUGUGUGUCCUCAAUGGCUGUAUUCUCUUUGUGAAAGUGGUAUAAUUCAUUGUGAAAUACUACAAACAACAAAGACAAGUACAAAAAGUACAAAUUACCCAAAACCCUCCAGCCCUUAUAUAACCAUGGUCAACCCUUUGGUGAAGGUCCUUCUAGAUAUUUCCCUACCCCUAUGUACCCAGAUAGAUAUAUGUACAGAUACAAGUGAUCAAAUAUAAGUGUUGUUCUAAAGUCUGUAUUUUUUCACCAAAUAAUAUAUGUCGUGGGCUUCUUUCUAUGUCAAUAAAUCUAUAUCAGCAUCUA